CCGCCCUAAGAGCUCCGGCCGGAAACGCGGAACGGAGCGGAACGGAGCGGCAUCGGCCAUGGCGGCGGGGCGGGGGGCGGCGGUGCUGCGGCGGGCCUGGCGGCAGCGGCGAACGGCACUGCUGGAGCCCAGCUACACUCCGCUGGUGGCCGCCUGCCUCUGCUUGGCGGAGGGCGGUGUCAACCUAUGGGUCAUCCGCAGGGUCCCCUACACCGAGAUCGACUGGAAGGCCUACAUGGAGGAGGUGGAGGGGUUUGCCAACGGGACCCUCGACUACACCCGACUGAAGGGCGACACCGGGCCGCUGGUCUACCCCGCCGGCUUCGUCUACAUCUUUCUGGGCCUGUACUAUGCCACGGGCCGUGGCACUGACAUCCGCCUGGCACAGUACCUCUUCGCCGGCCUCUACCUCCUCAAUCUCCUCCUCGUCUUCCGUAUCUACUGCCGCACCAACAAGGUCCCCCCAUAUGUUUUCUUCUUCAUGUGCUGCGCUUCCUACCGUAUCCACUCCAUCUUUGUCCUGCGGCUCUUUAACGACCCUGUGGCCGUGGCCAUCCUCUUCCUCGCCAUCAACCUUUUCCUGGAGGAGCGCUGGUCCUGGGGAUGCUUCUUCUUCAGCCUGGCUGUGUCCGUGAAGAUGAACAUCCUGCUUUUCGCACCAGGACUUCUCUUCCUCCUCCUCCAACAGUUUGGUCUCUGGGGCUGUAUCCCCAAGCUCUGCAUCUGUGCCCUACUCCAGGUGGUUCUGGGGCUGCCCUUCCUGGUGGUGAACCCUGUGGGGUACCUGACUCGCUCCUUUGACCUGGGCCGUCAGUUCCAGUUCAAAUGGACAGUAAACUGGCGCUUCCUCCCAGAAGAGGUUUUCCAGAAUCGGGCUUUCCAUGCCAUGCUACUCGUGGUUCACCUGGCUGGCCUGGGGCUCUUUGCACUGCACCGGUGGCACAGGUCCAAAGAGAGCAUCCUGGCUCUCCUGAAGGACCCUGCCGAACGGAAACACACAUCCCCUCCCUUGACUGUCAACAAGAUCGUCUUCGUCCUCUUCUCCUCCAACUUUCUGGGUGUUUGCUGCAGCCGCUCCUUGCACUACCAGUUCUACGUCUGGUAUUUCCACACACUGCCCUACUUACUGUGGUGCACCCCUACUGCCAAGCUUGCCCACAUGCCCAAGGUGCUGCUGCUGGGUGUCAUCGAGCUCUGCUGGAACACCUAUCCCUCCACAGUCUGCAGCUCCCUCUCCCUCCACAUCUGCCACGUACUCGUCCUACUCCAGCUGUGGUACGGCACAGCCCCCUCGCCGGUGACACACACACCCCCACCAAGCAGGAGGCCCACAGCCAUCUCCAAGAAGGUCCAGUGAGAGCAGAGCCAGCCGGAGGAUGGGAAAUGGCCUCUGGGACUGCCUCUUCUGCCUGCUCUUUCCCCACCUGGCUCCCAGGCUGCCUCCAGCCAUCCCAGGAGGGACUGCGAGCCCUGGAACUGUGCAAAGGGGGCAGCGUGGGGACCCCUGACAGGCAGGACUUCCCCAAUAAAGGGGGCUUUGUGUGCCCUUCUCUGGCUGCA